CGUCACAAUAUCAAUGCCAUCACUAUAUCAAUGUCGUCAUAAUGCACGGUUUAGCAGCUAUUAUGUAACAGCAGACUUUCCCAUGUUACCUGUAUACUUUUUUGAUGGCAAACUCGUCGGAGAACCCUGAAAAACUGAGGGAAUGUCUCAGGAAUGGCACCUUGUCUCUGAGAGACCUUGAAAACAAGAAGAAAAGGGGAUCCUCAGGAGGCAGAAGAAGACGCAGCAAAAGUAAGAAGGGUGGAAAUAUAACAACAGACGAUGCAACAAAAACACAGGCGGAGGGAAAUCCACGAAGCACCCCGCAGGCUACCAAUAUUAGCAAGCCAUCAAAAACAGAGAGCAGCUCGAAAAAUGCCGAAAAAGGUCUGCGGUGGAAAACUCAAAACAAUGAGUCAGAAAUGGUAGUGCGAAGCAUCCUUGAUGAACUAUUUGAUCGAGUAACAAGGAUUUAUUCUGCUACUGAGUACAGUGAUGCCAAAGAGAUAAGAAAAAUGACCCCCGCCCUGCUGGGAGCUUCCGACAAGAGAAUCGUAGCUACAAAAAAUAUUUACGCAAAGCAAAGAAGAGCAACACUGGUGUUAUUGAACAAAGCAGCACAGGAAAAUGUUAGUGACCUGAUCACACGUGCCACUACUCGUCGUUAUGAUUUCCCCAGUUUAUUUAGUUCAAACGAGGGACAGUUUGUAACAACUUCCCUGCUCCGAUCUGCAAAUGAUGACUUACGACAGAGGGCCUACCAAGAAUUGUUGUACAAUGAGAAAAUUAAAAUACAAAAGAUUAAAAAUAUGACAACCUCCGAAAUUGAACAAUACUUCCUAAACUUUCCGGCCACCCGUUCAAAGUUUGAGGAAGCAAGAAUCAUGGCCACGCAGGAGUUCUAUGAAAACGAGAAGAAAAUAAAUCAAAAGUUAUUGUACAAAUCAGCACAAGAAUGUGUGAAUGACCUCAUUAUCCAGGCCUCUCAUAAUUACAAUAUUGCUGGAUCAGUUAAAAUAGACGUGGAUAUACCCACCUUAGUAAGAUCUGAGGAAUAUACCACCAGACUGAAAGCACUCUUGGAGAAGACGAAUGCUGAGAAGUUAGCAAUGCAAAAGAUUAUGUACAACACAGCAUUGGAGGUCGUUGAAGACUUGUUUACGGGUGCAGCAAGCUUACAGACUUCGUCAGAAGCAGAUGUUAACAACGAAUUGGUACGUACUUUAUAA